AUGGCAGACUGGAGCAUGCCCAUUGGCUCCCUGGGUGAAGAUGUGGUGGCGAGGCUCUGCGAGCUGCUGGACAACGCCAGCCGGGGCUGGCGCAAGCUGGCAGAGGUGGCUGGAGCUGAGAAACGCUUCAAGUGCAGCGAGGAGGAGCUGGAGAUGUGCUCACUGAAGGUGCUGGAGCCCCGUGGCAGCCCCACACAAUGCCUCCUGCAGUUGCUGGCUGAACGUGACUGCAGCCUCAAGUACCUGCUGGGCUGCCUGGACAAGAUGGGGCACACACAGGCCUACCAGGUCCUCAGCGGUGCUGUCCAAGACAUGAUUCGCAUCACAGUGCAGCCAGAGUCGCAUAAGGUGACAGAGGGGACACGAGUGUCUCUGACCUGCUGGGCAACUGGCCCACCAGGGCUGAGUUACCAGUGGUUCCGCGGGAAGCAGGAGCUGCCUGGAGCCACAGCCCCAGAGCUGGUGAUCGACACAGCCACCCUGCAAGGCCAGCCCAGCUGGUACAUCUGCCGGGUGAACUGUGGGGUCAGCUUUGUCUUCUCCAGGUGGGCCCACGUCCAGGUCGAGAAGAGCAGCAGCCCUAGCUCAGCAAGUGGGUACUGCCCAACCAUGGUGGGGCUGCAGAUCCUGCAGCAGCCACGGGCCUGUCGCUUGGCCGAAGGGGACACGCUGGUGCUGGAGUGCAGAGCCAUUGGCAACCCACCGCCCCAGUACCAAUGGUUCAGGAACCGGCGCCCCAUGGAGGGUGCGCGGGCACCCCAGCUCCAGGUGAAGCUGGUGACAACGGCUGAGAGGGGCAGCUAUUCCUGCAGGGUGUUCAACCUCUUCCAUGAGAUGUGGAGCCAGGAGGUGGACGUGGAGAUUGGCCCGCGUCUCUUCACCUCUGGAGGUUCCUGGCAGGAUGGGGAUGGAGGUGCCUCGGAGCAUUGUAGCCCUGGACAGCUGUAUGCCACCGACAAAGUGGCCCUGCUGAUUGGCAACAUGCACUACCUGCACCACAAACACCUGAAGGCCCCCAUGGUGGACGUGCACGCGCUGAGCAGCCUCCUCCGCCAGCUCGACUUCAAGGUGGUCUCGCUGCUGGACCUGUGCAAGGCUGAGAUGCAGAUGGCCGUCAAUGAGUUCCUCCUUCUCCUUGACAAGGGCGUCUACGGUUUGCUUUACUAUGCUGGGCAUGGCUAUGAGAAUUUCGGCAACAGCUUCAUGGUGCCCAUCGAUGCGCCCGGCUCCUACACCUCGGCCCACUGCCUGUGCGUGCAGCGCGUGCUGCGGAGCAUGCAGCAGCGCCACACUGGCCUCAACAUCUUCCUGCUCGACAUGUGCCGCAAGAGGAACCUCAAUGAUGACAUCAUCCCGCAGGUCGGGGCAUUGCAAGUCACAGCCAACAUCGUCUUCGGCUAUGCCACCUGCGCAGAUGCUGAAGCUUACGAGCUGAGCCAGGGUGAGCUCUCCAAUGGCAUCUUUGUCAGCUUCCUCAAGCGCUGGCUGCUGGAGGACGAGAAGAUCACAGUGCUGCUGGACAAGGUGGCCGAAGACAUGGGUACGUUGGAGAUCACUCGGGGUCGGCAAGCCUUGGAGCUGCGCAGCAACCUCUCAGAGAGACGAGCCCUCACAGACCCCAUCCAACCAGCUGAGGGCCAGGAUGAGUUGUCUGUCAGGAACCUGCAGUGGGCCAAGGCCCACGUCCUGCCAGAAAGCCGGCACCUCCACUUUGACUGCGGGGUCACCGUCCAGCUGGGCUUUGCUGCCGAGUUCUCCAACAUCAUGAUCAUCUAUACUCGCAUUGUGGACACCCCAAAGGAUAUCACCAAGUGUGAGGCCAAGCUCACAGACAUACCAGAGGAGCUGGACGUGGAUCUCAAAUUCACCAACAAGGAGAGCCCUGAGGAGGUGGGCAGCCCACUGUCUCCAACCUGGAGCCUUGAUGUCCCCUCCUGCUGCCUCUACAGCCGGCUCUGCAGUCUGCAGAAACUGCGGCAGGAGCUGGUGUUCACCGUGUGCCUGCAGUACCAGUACCGGGGCGUGGACGACUUUGUGGAGGAGAGGCAGAUGGUGAACGUGGGGAAGCCGCUCAUCGCCAAACUCAACCUGAGGCUUGGCGAUGGGCCGGAUGCCUCUGCCCAGCCCAACCCGGAUGCCUCCGUCUCGCUGCCGGGCUCCGAGGCCUCUGGAAGCCCCCUGUCCGGCUCACCCCCGGGCAGCUGGGCGCCCGCCGACGCUCGCUGGAUGAACACCCCCGAGGAGAACCUGAGCCCCGAGAUCCCCAGCUCGCACUCCCUGUAGACGGGCAGCACGGCCCCCCCAUCCCCACCGCGGUCCCCUCCGGCAGCUGCAGAUGCCGCGGCGCUGCCACAUCCCUCCUGCCAGGGGGGGCCAGGAGCCGGAGGGAGCAGAAGUGCCAAGGAUGGAGCUGAGCCCCAUCCUGCCCCGUGCCGGGGCUCCCCAGGACGCUGUGGGGUGCAGGGCUCGCCACACGGCACCACCAGGACCCCCAGUGCCGGCAGGAUGGGGCUCAGCGGAAGGGUCCGGGCUGCGGUGCCGGGGGUUUGGGGACUCCCCCAAAUAUUUUGGCUGUGUGUUUGGGGCACCGGGGAUGGGGCGUUUCGCUGGGGCGCCGCUC